GUUGUAAACUUCGAAGUUACAGCAACAACGGGCGCCUUGCAAACCGUACCGAAAUCGUCGAUGACACCUACCUUUCUUCCUACUCUUGGUAGGACCUUAUGUGGCAGAACUCAGGAGUUUUUACUUUGCGCGCUGUAGAUCUAGCUUCUUUCUUCAUUCUUACUUCAAUACUUACUACUUUUUCUGCUAUUGUCAAUUUUUUUAGUAGAGCCACAUAUUUAUUACACAAGACUCAAUUUUAACAUCCAUACUAACUCACACCUUCAAUUCACAAACAAACCAUUUAGGAAAUACACAAAUAAAUGACCUCCAAGCCGCAAAGCAGCCUCUCUUCCUGUGAACAGGAUCUUUUUUCAUCUCACGUGAAAUGUUUUUUUCAACUAUCUAAGGUUAACAAGCUUAUUAAUUAACUAGAACUUAGAAUUUAUUACUAGAAAGUUAUCGUUAACUUAAUAAUAAAACUACUUAAAGCUUCCCUUAACUUCAAUGUGCCAAAUGAAUACUAAGCGAUAGUAAAGCUGGUCGUUGCUCCUGAAAGGCUCCGUUGUUUGCACCUAGUGGUAGUAACAGACACCGAAUAAUAACUGCACUGCCUGACUUGCGUUCUUUUGAGAGAGUCUUAUAGGUGCUUUUUUCUCUUUACACCUACUUCGUCGCAGUCGCACCCUCUGUGCUGCGUCUAGUCUGAUUCUUAACUUUGAACACCUCAUGACUAUACAUACUUUUACAAAUAGAAAUUAUGUGUUUCGGGCCGCUUAAAGCUCCUUUUCUACGCAUCAGGUAAGGCGAUCCUGGCGAUCUUCCUUAUAGUAUAAAGGGCAAUGUGGGUCUGCGGAUCAAUUUGACGGAGAGACUUCUAGGCCUGCGGAUCCCAGCUGCGGACCAAUUUGGCUUUGAGAGUGGAAGCACAAUGAACACCCUGAACAUCGAGUAGUACAAAUCCCACGUUUACGCUGAUAAAUGUGAUACGGUAAGUUCUAUUUCGGGACUUCG